UUUGUUUACAUGAAGCAGAAUUUGGCGCCAAACAAGCAGGGUUGGCGGGAGAGAGGCCGGGGUGACACUGUGCCUUAUUUAGUGCCUUAUAGAGCCAAUUAGUGCCUGUAUAGUGCCUGUGUGGUGCCUGUGGAGUGGCGCAGGGCAGGAUGGAGGGCGGAGGGAAGCUGAGGCCCACUAGAUACGCCCAUUUUGAAGGACACACUGACCUUUCCUAUACCAGUGAUGGGAGGUAUGUGGUGACCUGCGGCUCGGAUGGUGAGGUGCGGGUGUUCGAGGGGCUGGAUGACGAUGAUUGCAAGACACACGUGGUUGCCGACUGCGCCUAUGCUGUGGCCACUAGGCAAGACACCUUCCUGCUGGCGACGGACAGCAACCUGGUGCAGGCGUUCACCCUGGAGGAGGGCUCACCCUGCCAAGUGGUCACCCGAUUCACAGCCCACGCCACUCACAUUGUUGUUAGCGCUGAUGGCAACAUUGUGGCCUGUGCUGGGAGUGACAUGACAGCACGCGUUCAAGACAUGAGGUCAGGUCGGGACACAGUAUUCAGAGGUCACGCUGGUCCGGUCCUCUCAGUUGCCCUGGACCCUAAAGGUAAAUUUGUGGCCUCUUCCUCCUGUGAUGGCUCGGUACGUGUUUGGGACAUGUUGGGAUCAGAGAAGGUCAGCUGUGUCCUGCCGACCUCAAACACCCCUGCAGUGACCCACCCCCUCUGCCGGCUGUCUUUCACCCCUGGGGGAGACACACUGGCUGUCCCUGUGGGGUUGAAAGUUUUGUUGUAUGAUCGAGAGGGGUGGCGGGCUGACGGGGAACUGUCUUGCUCUGCUAUUAAGAAGGCCAUCUCCGUCAUUGCUGUUUCACCCUGUGGCACCUUGCUGGCAGCUGGCACCCUGGAUGGCACCCUGGUGGCCUGGACGCUCUCCUCUAGGGUCGCCAUAAUGACCCUAAAACACCCUAAAGGCCUUGCCAUAUCCGCUCUUGCCUUUAACCCAAAAAAUUUAAGGGAAAUCGCGUUUGCGGAUAUUAAUGGCCAUUUUGGGACAGUUGUGGAUGUUGGUGUGGGUGUGACGCAGGAGCAAACACCCGUCACUGCAGGCGUGGAGAACGGGGAUGUGGCGGGGGACUGUGGCGGGGGCAGCACCACACCCGCGGCGGUAGAGGCGGGGGAGGUGGAAGAAGAGGAGGAAGAUGAAUUUUCAAUCAGCAAAAUUAAGGCAGAUCUGGGGUUUGCUGACGACGCUGAGGGAACGUUUCUCGGACUGCCGGACGCUGAGAGAGACACCCCAGGGGUUACCGCGGGGCAGGAGGAGAGCCGCCCCGCCACCCCGGCAGCCCCGCGGGGUGGUGUGGGGGGCGGGGUGAGGCUGCCGGAGGUUCAGAAGCCAUUUCAGCCGGGAAUGUCACCAGAACACCUCACUGAGAGAUACAUGGUGUGGAGCAGUGCGGGUGUGGUGCGGCAGUACUGCGGUGAUGACGAGAGCACCAUUGAUGUUGAAUUCCACGACACCGCCACACACCACGCACUACACCUUAGCAACACCCAGGGCUACACCAUUGCCGCCCUAUCCACCAGUGUGUUGGCCCUCGCCGCACCCGCCACGGACACACAACCCAGCAAGUUAUCAGUACACCAGCUUCAGAACAACAAGGAAUGGCAGACGGACAUACAGACGGACAUCCAGGCACUUGCUGUGGGGUUGGAGUGGGUUGCUGUGGCGACGAGUGGCAGAAUCCUUCACAUCUUUGGGUCUUGUGGCACUCAGAGGGAGUUGCUGUCACUUCCUGGCCCUGCUGUGUGUCUGGCGGGCUGUGGCGCUCUCCUGAUGGUGGUGUGUCAUGCUGGUGUUGGUGUAUCAGGUGACCAGCACAUGACAGUGGCGGUGUUGGACCUGAGAAAGGGACGCCACCCCCUGCCACAGCCCUGCCCCCUGCCCCUGGGCCCACAGUGCUACCUGGCCUGGGCUGGCUUCACUGACCAAGGCACACCCAUGGCAGCUGACAGUGGUGGUGUUGUGCGUCUCCUCAACACCAGGGCGAAGGGGCAGUGGACACCCAUUCUCAACACCAGGGAGCAGCUGCGGGGGAAGUCUGACCAUUACUUUGUGGUAGGGGGCAGUGAAGCGGAGGGGGGCUCUGUAAGAUGCAUCCUGUGUAGGGGGGCUCGUUACCCGCCCACCCUGCCCCGACCACACCUCUCCCUCCUCACCAUGAAGCUCCCAGUGUGCGAGGGGACGACAGACAAGGGUGAGCUGGAGAGAGAGUGUGUCGAAUGCCUCCUCCUUCCCCCACCCCCCACAGGCCGGCCGGGAGCUGUGGGGUCUGCCAGGGAGAGAGAGAGAGAGGAGGCCACACGCAUUAUACAAGAGGCCAUGAUUAAGCUGUUUGCGCUGUCAUGCCGCAGCGAGAGGGAGUGUCGAGCUGUGGAGGUGUGCCGUUUAAUGCCAGACUGCACCACUGUCCAGCUUGCCAUUAAGUAUGCUGCCAAGCUGAGACGACCACUGGCUGAGAAACUGGGAGAGGUGGCAGCUUUGAUGGAGGACCCCACCCACAGACCCGAGGAGCUGUCGGCGGGUGCGGAGAAGACCCCCGCACCCGCCCCUGCCCCGCCAGCCACCCCGAAGGCCCGGUCUGCGCUGGAGCUCUGGUUAAGUGACAACAUUGAGGUGGUGUCCGCAGCGAAUCCUGGUGUCGACAAGAAGGAUUUGUUGGUCAAAGCUGCUCCAAUGUUUAUGAAGUUGGAGGGGGGGGUGAAGCAGGCCUGGCUGCUAUAG